AUGAAACUUGAGAAACUUGAGAAACUGCAGGACUUUGAUGAGUUUUGGAUAAUUCAAAAUGAUUCUUCAAAGAGACUUGCCUCUUUCGUCUUGAAAAAGCAUGCUGCCAAGAAAGUCGUCAACCCCCUGUUCGAGAAGAGACCCAAGAACUAUGGCACUGGCCCAGGAUAUCCAGCCCAAUCUGAUCUGACACGCUUUGUGAAAUGGCCUUGCCACAUCCGGCUGCAGCAUCAGAAAGCCAUCCUGUACAAAAGGCUGAAGGUAUCACCUUCAAUCAACCAGUUCACCUCGGCUCUGGCCCGCCAAACCGCAACCCAGUUCUUAAAGCUGACCUUCAAGUACGGGUCAGAGACCAAGCAUAAAAGAAGCAGAGGCUGCUGGCUUGUGAGAGGAGAUACCCCUACCAAGAGACUCAGAGCAGGUGUGAACACUGUCACCAUUCUGGUGGAGAGCAAGAAGGCUCAGCUGGUUGUCAUUGCCCAAGACGUGGAUCCCAUUAAGCUGGUUGUGUUCCUGCCUGCACUGUGCCAUAAGAUGGGCGUUCCAUACUGCAUUGUCAAGGGCAAGGCUAGGCUGGACCGUCUGCUUCACAGGAAGACCUGCACGUCCUUUGCCUUCACACAGAUCAACCCUGAGGAUAAGGUAGCUCUGGCUAAGCUGGUGGAAGCUGUCAAGACCAAGUACAAUGACAUAUAUGAUGAGAUUAGCCGUCACUGGGGAGGAAACGUCAUGGGCCCGAAAUCCACAGCCCGUGUCGCCAAGCUGGAAAAAGCAAAGGCCAAGGAACUGACAACCAAGCUUUGUUAA